AUGCUGAUUGGAAAAUUAAUUGGAGAUUAUGUGCUAAUGGAAGAAUUAGGCAAGGGUUCCUUUGGCUGUGUAAUUAUCUCUAUGUAUCAUUCUUUCGAUAGGUUUACAAAUGCUAGAACAGGAUCGAUCAAUCAUUUCAUGCAAUAAAGAUUAUCCAAUUUCAAUCUUUGAGCAAUUGUGAAGGAGUUGUUGGCGAGUUAUUGAAGGACGAGAUAAGUGUGCUGGCAAAAAUCGAUUCGCCUAAUGUUUUGAAAUUAGAGCACUACUUUUAAUCAAAAUCGAAUUGUUAUAUUGUAAUGGAAUAUUGUAAUGGUAAAUAUAUAUAUUUUUAAAAGCAAACAGGUGGGGAUUUAGAAAGAUACUGGACCAAGGAAGGUAAAAAAAUAAAGGAACAGAAAGCAAUAGAAAUCGUCAUCCAAAUUCUGAAUGGAUUGAGUGAAUUACAUAAAUAGAAUGUGAUACAUAGAGAUAUAAAAUUGGCCAAUAUUUUGAUGCAUAAUGAUCAAAUUAAAAUCGCCGAUCUUGGGUUCUGUAAGCAAUUGCAAAACUAGGUUUUAUUUACUCUCAUAUUGCUUUUAGGAUAUGGAGGUUAGCCUAUGUUUGGGUACACCAGGCACGAUGGCCCCAGAAGUAGCUGCAUUUGAGAGUUAUGGCUUAUAAUCAGACAUCUUUUCUAUAGGGUGCAUCUUCUAUCAACUGUUAUAUGGCGAGUUGCCCUUUGAGUGUCUAAACAUCAAUUCCUAUAUCAAAGCCAUUCGCUAUUGUAAUAUCAUAACAAUUCUAUGUUAGAGUAAAUCGACUUCAAUAAGAAUAACGUCGUGAUCUAAGAUGAAUUAAAGGAGAUUAUUAGCAAGAUGUUGAAAGAUGAACCCAAAAAGAGAUUAACUUUCCCCCAAUUAUAUCAAUAUCCUUUAUUUAAAAAUACCCAAAAAAUGUCUUAGAUAAGUUAAAUUGCAAUGAAAAAUAUGACGAACUUAGAAACUACCAACUUCUAUAAUGAAAUUUAUAAAAAUGACUAGCAUAUUCAGAUAGGGUAGGAAGGGAUGACAGCCUUGAAAUAAAAUGGAGACAUCUUUAGAACUUAGAGUGAAAGGUAAAAUGAGUAGUCUCAGUUUAUGAAUAAUCUAUAGAAUGUCAAUAAAAGCAAUCACAAUCAAUUUGUAUAGGAUCAGGUGUCAAAACUGACCUAUGAAAUGAUGGCAACUCAAUAAUUGUGUCCAAAUCAAUAAUAAAUUAAUAAUACUUUGAAGGACCUCUAAGAAACUGAGUAAAUUUUCAAGACUGACAGAUUCCAGCACAAUUAUAGCAUGACUGCAAAUAGUUAAUAGAAUCAGAAAUUAUGUCAGCAAUUUCGAUUCCUUUUGGAUGCCUUACAAUAUUGUGAUAGAACAUACAUCGAGAUUGAUCAAAUCUAAUUCUUAGAUGAAAGCUAGGUAAACUUUUCAUUUGAUAUCAAAGACUUUGAUAGGCAAAUUCAUGAUCCAGAAAAGAAUAAGGUCUGAAAGCAAAAAGUUUUUCUAGGUUUAAUAAGAGAAUCCAUUCUACGAUGAAUUGAACUAAAUGAGAGAUGCCUUCAAUCCUUAUGUCUAAAAUCAGCUGUUUGAAAAAUUGCUUUAGCAGAUGUACUAUUUUGAUUUAGUGGUUAAUAGCAAAGGUGCUUCUACCCUUCUUAGUGGAUUGACAUAGGCCUUCAUUAAUGAGUUGAAGGAGGAAGAAACAGGAAUAUUUCACUUGAACUAUUGGUAGUCAUUAAUUGAAUUGCAUCAAUUAAUCAAGCGAGAAAUCAAUAGAGAAGUGGAGAACAAACGAAAGAAGAACUUAGUGACAGUUUUACUUCAUUUAUAAAGAUGCUUGCAUUUCCAAGAUCUGUGUACUUUGAAAAUAGAUUUUGAGGAUGAGUUUUUGCACAUCAAAAAGCAAAAUUUGAUUGAAUUGAUCAAGAAAGUUUAAUAUUGA